GUGCGUAAACUGCUAAACUCCCAACUGACAUUACUUUGUCAGCCUUCGCGUAGUGCACUGAUAGCUACUGAGAGCUCCGGUGUUUCCUAACCUCAAAGUGAUAAUCGUGCAAUCGCGACGUUAUCAGCUGAUAAUAUUCCAUUAUUGCGAAUUGUGUGAAUAACGUUUGUGAAGUGUGGAGUGUGCAAGUGUUCCCUUUCCAUUGUGGAGGCACUACAGACUAUUUAUUUCUAGAAACUGUCGAUUCUACAUUUCCUGCCAAUUAUUGUAAUAAAAGAUGGCACCCACCGUUUGCUGCUCUGAUAACGAUGAUAGAAGAAUACCUUUCCAGCUGGAAACUCAUCUUCUAGCACUAAGGAUAGCAUCAAGAGCAUCGAGUGAAGUGUCGAGGGGGAGGGGGCUGCGAGCAAGGAGACGGUCGAGGGCCCUGCGACAGUUGAACUUGAACAAGACCAGUGAGCCGAUGGGUGUGAUAGUGGAUGAGUCGCAGCAGAUGAUCUCUGGAGAGGGUGACUCGCCAGGCAUUGUCUACUGCGACAGUGGACGAACCUCUAGCAGCAAGUCAGACAAACAGUGGAGGCGACAAAGCCACCCCCACCCCCACCAACACCCCUCCAUCCCCGCCGACACACCUCAGCAACAGCACCCCUUCUACAUGCGCAAACAGCGAGAAGCAGGUCUGAUGAGAAUAACGAUGAGCACAAUGGACCUGCUAAAGCGCAACCAGCAAUUGCAGAGCAGCCUGUCGGCCCUUCAGGCAGAGACCAGGGCGUUCAUCAAAUCUGUGCUCAGCAAUCCCGAAAACCACAAGGAAAACCAACACGUCAAAGUCAAAGUUAAGGAGGAAAAUUAAUCGCCUAAUCGCCACCUCUUCAAACAAACUCAACAAUGGCCGAACGCAAUAUUUCGAAAGGUUUUUUUUAACGAGAGUUCGCUUUCAGAGACAGUCCAAAGUGAUAGGCCAUUUUGUAUGUGGGACGUGUGUAAGUCUAGCAUCAUAUCAUAGUACAAUAUGUGAUUGUUAAAACUUUGGAGUUAUUUUACACAAGUUGUAAAAUUGGUUGAGUAUUAGUAGUUAUUAUUCCUAUUGAAAACUAUUAUUUAGCCUGGCAAUUAUAAUUAAUAAUUUUUAUUAUUAUUAUUUAGCCUGGCAAUUGAUGAUAAUAAUCUUCAUUUAAUUGAUUGUGGUUGUAAUAAAUUGAAUUGAAUUGAUAGGAUAAUUCAUCACAAGAUCAAUUUUAGUUUAUUGCUUUUUAGGGUUGAACAUUAAUAAACAGAUUAUUAUUAACAUCAUCAUCAUAAUUAUUAUAGUAGGAUUUUGUUUGUGGAGCGGCUCAACCCAAAGGUUGUUCCACCGAAUGGCAUAACCGAAUAAUCCAAAUGGUUGACGAUGAUAAUAAUAAUUAUAAUGAUUAUCAAUAAUAUUUACAAUAAUACUAAUCCAACUGUUUCAAAAAAUUCCGAUUAUCAGUUUGAUAUUGUUGAUGUAAUUGAUUGAAUUUGUCGAACCUGAGUAACGUUCUGAUCAUAAAAUUUGUUUCCCCAACAGUUUUUUGUCAAAGCUUGUUAUGAUUUGAUAUUUCAAAAUUUCUUUUGAAAUGAUGUGCGAUUCAUCACUUCAGAUUCGCCAGCUCUGAUUUUUGUUUCUGAUGAAAUAUUUCAAUUAUAUAAGAUAUAUAUAUAUAUAUAUAUAUAUAUAUAUAUAUAUAUAUAUAUAUAUAUAUAUUGGGAUUCGAAUACGGUAACAAAAUAAGAAUUAUUGAAAUUUGUGGUUCUUUAUGAACCUGUUCUCAGGGAACAUCAAGGCAACGAUUUAAAUAGACAAAAGUUUAAAAUAAUUUAAUCAUAAUAUUCAUGUAAGUCAUUAAUAAUCUCUAUAAGUUAAUAAAAUAUAGAAAUAUCAUAAUGAUGAACAAUAGUUCGCAUUAGAAAAAGACAAGCUGCUAAUUAUACGAUUUUAAAAAAGAAACAAAUUUAAAAAUUGAAUUCCAAAGUCGUAAUGUUAUUCGACGUAAUGUAUCAACUCCAAUGUAAAUAGUUAUUAUUCUUAUUGAAAGUGUGUUGUAAAAAUAAGGAAUAGAGUUGUUUUACUAAAAUGUUGAAUUUAAGUGUGCUUAAAGCAUAAAUAUGUUUGUAUGAGAUAUUCAAUUCAGUUUGAAAUUUUUGAAAAUCGUUGAUUCAUUUAUUCCAAUACUAUUACGAGUAUUAAGAUUCGUAUUGAUGAUGUUGAAUGUGGUGUGUUUAGAAGAACAGUUUGAAAAUAGUUGACUUAGUGUCAAUAACUUUUUUCAACUCAUAAAAACUGUUCAUAGUAGUUUUGAUGUUAGUUUGAGCGCAAUGAGUGUAUGAAUUCUCAUUAACAUGGAUUAAUAUCUCAGGCUGUGAUACUAUUGUAAUUAUUUGAUUAGUUUCUAGCUUCCUACUUCGUCAUUAUUAUCAUUAUUGAUCAAUACUGAUCAAAAUUUUCAUCCAGCAAAUAAACUUUAAAUUUAUUUUAAGGUGAAUUGUGGUGAUGCACUGUAUCUACUUCUGCACGCCAAUUUUUCAUUAUUGUUACAUAUUAUUUUAUUUAUUGUAUGAACUCGAAGUUGGAUUUCCCAGAAGUUGAAAUUUAACUCAAAUGUUUUAUUUUUACUCUUAAAUGUUGUGAUGGUUUAUUGAUGUUUGGUAUUCAAAGCCUAAUCAAUUUAAAACUCAAUAUAAUUAUUGCUAACCAAAUAAAUAAAUAAUCAGUUUAACUCACCAUACAAGUAUUGUGAUAAGUACUGAAAUAUUAUAAUCUUCCUUUCACAAGAAUGUUACAAAAAUCUAAUAAUACACAUCAGGUACAUAGAGAUAGAUAUGCAAUCAUUAAAAUAAUGUUUAAAGUACAAAUUUUCAACAAAUACAGAUUUUCAAAUCUGCUGAAGUGCUAAAAUAUAAAACAAACAACAAGUUAGGGGAUCAAAACUCUAGUUACAAUUGAUUUUUGGAAGUAGAAGUAGAAACUCAAAUUAAUUUUUAUCCUGAUGGAAUAUCACCCUGAGUUCGAGAAAAUAAGCUAGCAGGCUAUAAAUUGUACUGUGCUAAUUAAAUACCUACUUGUUUUUAUUGUAUUAUCCAUAAAUUUCACAGAUUCAGUUUGAUGACUAUUGAUUUUGUUAGUUCUAUAAUAUUGAGAAUAAUGACAACUCUGCUGUAAAAUGAUAGCAAUCUUGCUUUGGUUGCACGUAUUCAAAGUACUCCAUAUUAUAAUACUAUUUUAUAUAUUUAUAUGAUAAUACUGUUCAAUAUUUUCCUGAUAAUUCUAAUUCUUUUAGAGAACCUGACCAAACCAAAGCAAUAAAUUAGUAAGACAAUCAGGAAAAUUGAACACAUAUAAUUUUGUUUUCCUAAUUCGUAGUAUAUUCCAUCAUUAGCUCAAUCUCCGGAGGAAGUAUUUAUUGUCCAUUUUUUAUACUCCAAUUCUCCAGUGAACAUUUAUAGAAUACAGUCUGUCCAGCAUCAUAUAGGCCUACCAUCAAAUCAAAUAUUUUCAAGGAUGUUGAUUAAACUGAACAAUUAUUGUAUGCUAUAAACAAUGUAUAAUGAAUUUAAUGCCCGUUCAUUUACAGGAUAUAGGUAGUAGCCUAUAGGAAUGUUUCUUUUAAAUUGAUCAUGUUGAGAAAUGCUAUGCCGUACAAAAAUCUAAAUUCAAUUAAUCAUGCAUUGGAAGUGAUGUUAAAAAUCAAGUUCUUUUAUUAUUAUUGAAUUUCCUUUGUAAUAUCGAAAAAUGGCACCCAUUUUGGUAAAUUAUAGUUUCUAGUUUCAAGUACUGUAAAUUAUAAGCGUGCUUUUCGAAUUAACGGAAAAUUUCUAUUUUAGUUGCAAUGAUAUAAUUUUCACUACUUAGAUUCUCUUGAAACCGUUGUUUAAACAAAUCAACACACCAUUUCAAAUGUGAAAUUUGAAGUAUUUACAAAAUACUUCUACUGCACAAACAAUAAAAAUAUGACGUAUAUCAAUAUACUUCAUUAUUAGAAGCUUUAAGUAUGAAAACCGAAAUCAGUGGAUUUUUAUUUAUUAUGUAGAAGUUUGAACGUUUACUGAACACUUAUUUUAUAUUAUUUCUCACUGCCAUGAAAUGAAAUGUAUUCCUUUAUAAACAAUACAAUUCAAAUUUCAAAUUUUUUCAAAUAAAAUUUUGGCAACAUAAUCCAGAAAAUAUAUUUCUUAAUUUGAGUUUAUUCAUUUAAUUACAAAUUUGAGAAGAAUACACAUCUUUAAAAUUUGAUCCAUUCAUGCCGCAACAUGGUUGUUUAGUUGGUAUGCAUAAUAAUGGAAUAACACGCAUUAGAUUCGAAGACAUUCAGUUUUUAAACAUGAUCAUCAAUUAGAAACCUAUGUUGUUGAUUUUGAAUGAAUCGAUUUCUAAUAAUAAUUGAAGAGAUAUACUCAUAUCGGAAUAUGUUGUACGUUAUAAAAUGAUCACAUUCAAUUCAUAAAUUAUAAUUAAAUGAGAGUCACGAAUGCAGAAUAAUAAAUUAUUGUAAUUUGACCACCAACGAGCAAUACAAUUAUAAAUAUUUAUAUGAUAGCUUACAGUAGUUUCCAUUCUAACAAGAUAGAAUAAAUUUGGUGUGCUCUUAAAUCAUUAUUCUAUGUCACUGUAUUUUUUAGUACCUAUCAUACUAUAUCAUGUUAGUAUUUCGAUUAGAGUCCUUCCAUUAUUUUUAAGCAAGAUUCAACUAUACUUAUUGAUUGUCAAGUGUUCAUUAUAUCAUAAUAUCCUAAUUUCAUGUUAAAUUCUGUGUAUCUCUCAUUGAAUGCUUUUAAUCUUCUAUUUUGGUUGGUUUUCUAUUCUUUUUAAAUAAAUCUCAUUACUUACUUUUCUCAGAAUAAAUCAACACUGUUGUUUUCCAAUAAGUUAACAAAUAAUGUUGAAUUUUCCAUUAUAAAAAUAAUGCACAUUUAGUUUUUUUAAAUAUAAUUGAAGAGAAACUUUGGUAUUGAUAAACCAUUUGUAUUAUAUACUUAUUAUUUUAUUUAGUUUAAGAUAUUGUAAAUAUUAUAGUUUAUUUCUUUAAUGAAAAUUCAUUAAAUUGGAAUUAAUUUACCACGACCACGAAUGUCGAUAAUUUUUAGUUUAUAAUCAUGUUUGUUCCUAGAGCUGAACAUAUACUUACAAUUCUGUAUGGAAAGCAGGUUCGAUUCAAUGAAUAUUUGUAAGUAAAAUUAUCAUGAGCAAUGCAA